GGCGCAUGCGCCGUGAAACUAAAAGAAGGCUAAAUAAGGUACAACAGACAGCGCGUGCGCAGAGGUACAAGCUUCGUCACUUAGCCUCGAGCAAAAGUUGCUUCGUUCCGCCAAGGAUGUCUACAGCGGAAAAAGCCAACUAGCCGUCGCCGUGAUGACGUAGAGAUUCUCUCCCCCCCUCCCAGAGGCUUAGUUCUUUUUAUUUUAUUUUUUUACGUGCGUGUUUGCGUCAGGCUGACGGUCGCGCGGCCGAUCUGGUUCCCGCCAUCUGCCCUUUUCACUAACCUCAGAAGAGGCCGGGCCGCGUUCGGCCAAGACAGCAUAGGCCGGUGCGAGCGCUAAAGUGGAUAACCCCGAAUAAUAAAGGAAAGAAAGCGGCGGCAUUGAGGCAAAGUCAGGCCGGGACUGGUGUGUGGAGAGAAGGUGGAGGCAGAGGAGGGAAAGCCUCCGCCCGCCAUCCGUAGCUUUGUGUGUUUUAAAACAAGGUUUGUUAUUUUCAUAAACCAGUUGUAUGAAAACAUGACUUCGCUGAAGCUAUGUGGGCCUAUUCGCAUGCGCAGCAUACAUACUGGGACAACAAAAUGGAAAGAAGGGACAUUUGAAGUUGUUGAUAAGGACAGCAGAGUAACUCUGUCAGUUUACUACAAUGCUGGAGGAAUUUCAAAGAUAUUUCAGCUAAACCAUAAUAUAAAAAAUGUGGUUGUGCGACCAAGUAGAGGGAAACUGUGUUGCUUGAUGAUAACACUAAAAGAUUCUAGUUUUCUGACUGUGGAUAAAAUACCACCCAAAGAUGCAGAUGAAAUGAAGCUGUAUCUGGAGGCUGUUCAAAACAGGGUUCAUGCAGCUGUAAAAUCCUCCCAAGGGUCAGGCAGUUUUGGAUGUGUUCUGGGCAAUAGAACCACACAGAAGGAUUCUAACAGGCAAUUCUCAUACAUUGAAAACCAGACUCCUUCAAAAAAAGGGAUUUUAGAAAAUAAAGAUGAAACUCUACUUCAUAAGAUGCUGGGCAGCCCAGGCAGGGCAUCAAUUAAGAAUUCUUCAGUAACUGGAAUGUCUGGCAACAAGGUUAACAUUUCAAGUACUUCUGCUGCUUCAACACCUCACAGAACAGGAUUGUUGGAAAACCGUGAAAGAAGGAAAAGGACGCCAGCUACCUCAGAGAUGAAUGAAGAUUACCCGAAAGAGAAUGAUUCAUCAACCAAUAACAAAGCUAUGACUGAUCCAGCACGGAAAUUCUUAUACAGCAGCAGGGAAAAGCAGAUGAACUUGAAACAGACUGAAGAGAACAGGGCAUCAGGGGUUUUGCCUUUACAGUCCUCUUCAUUUUAUGGUAGCAGAUCAUCUUCAAAGGAUUAUUCAGCUGGCAAUUCUAAUCUGGACAGGUCUAAUGUGUUGAAUCAGACUUCUGCUAAAAGAAGCUUGGGGUUUGGCUCUCAGCCAGCCCCUCUCUCUGUUAAAAAAAUGAGAUCAAAUCAGGAUUACAUGGGAUGGAACAAACCACGAGCCCCUCUUUCCACUCAUCCACAACAGCAACUGCAAGGGUUUACAAACUUGGGAAAUACCUGUUACAUGAAUGCUAUUUUACAGUCUCUGUUUUCAAUUCAGUCAUUUGCUAAUGAUCUUCUGAAACAAAAUAUUCCAUGGAGAAAAGUUCCAUUCAAUGCACUUGUCAGGCGCUUUACCCAUCUGCUUGCUAAAAAAGAUGUUUGUAGCCCUGAAGUAAAGAAGGAAUUACUAAAGAAGGUGAAAAAUGCGAUUUCAGCGACUGCAGAGAGAUUCUCUGGUUACAUGCAAAAUGAUGCCCAUGAAUUCUUAAGUCAGUGCUUGGAUCAGCUGAAGGAGGACAUGGAGAAGCUGAACAAAACUUGGAAGAGUGAGCCAAUUUCUGGUGAAGAUAGUUCUCUGGGACGUAUAUCUGAUGACUUAUCGGCCACCAGAGUAUACACAUGUCCAGUUAUUACAAACUUAGAGUUUGAAGUUCAGCAUUCUAUCAUAUGUAAAAUGUGUGGUGAAACAGUCACCAAACGGGAACAAUUUAAUGACCUUUCCAUUGACUUGCCGCGAAGAAAAAAACUUCUUCCGUCUCGUUCAAUCCAAGAUUCCUUGGAUCUCUUUUUCAGGGCAGAGGAGAUAGAAUAUUCCUGUGAGAAGUGUAAUGGAAAAUCUGCUCUUGUUACACACAAAUUCAGUCGUCUUCCCAGGGUCUUGAUUCUUCACCUGAAACGGUACAGCUUCAACGUGGCACUCUCUCUCAAUCACAAAGUUGGACAGCAAGUGGUUAUACCAAGAUUUUUAACAUUGCAGUCUCACUGUACAGAAAGCACAAGGUCUCCACUUAAUCUAGGGUGGAGUGCACAAUCAGCAAUCUCUCGGCCAUUAAAAGUAUCCCAGAUGGUGAAUUCCUGUUCUGUAAGCACUUCCACACCCUGUCGAAAGUACUCAUUCAAGUUUAAAGGUCCUAUUCUGAACACUGUAGAUUCAGACAGUGAAGAUGAACCACUGAAACGUCCUGUUGCAAACAGCCAAAAACACUGUGAUUUCCAAAGCAGGGAACCGCAACAAGAAGAGCUAGAGAAAGCUUCAAAGAAAACGAAAACAGAGAGUGAUAAGGCUUCAGAGCCGUCAAAUCCUGGCUUUGAUGGGAUGAGUGAGGAUGAGCUUCUAGCAGCAGUCCUGGAAAUUAGCAAGAGAGAAGCAUCACUAUCAUUGAGCCAUGAUGAAGAGAAGCCCACGAAUAGUCCAGACACUGGCUUUGGAGAUGAUGAGCUGCAGGAGUUGCCAGAGAAUAUGGCACCAAUGGAUGUGGAGAAACCCAAAGCAGCUGCAGAAUCAGGUUUUACCAACUUCACUGAGAUAACUAAAGAUUUUGAUGAGAAUAAGGAAAAUAAAACUCCGGAAGGCACUCAGGGGGAGGUUGAUUGGCUGCAACACUAUGACAUGGAGCAUGAGAGAGAGGAACAGGAGCUACAGCAGGCUUUGGCUCAGAGCCUUCAAGAGCAAGAGGCGCGGGAACAAAAAGAAGAUGAUGACCUUAAACGUGCCACUGAAUUAAGUCUACAAGAGUUUAACAGCUCUCUUCUGGACAGCCUUGGCUCUGAUGAGGAUUCUGGGAAUGAGGAUGCUCUGGACAUGGAAUACUCAGAAGCAGAAGCCGAGGAACUGAAGAGAAACGCUGAGACAGGAGAGCUGCAUAACUCCUAUCGACUCAUUAGUGUCGUCAGCCAUAUUGGAGACACUUCCUCCUCAGGUCACUAUAUUAGUGAUGUAUAUGACAUUCGCAAGCAAGCAUGGUUCACAUACAAUGACUUGGAAGUAUCCAGAACUCAAGAGACCUCUGUACAGAAUGACAGAGAUCGGAGUGGCUACAUCUUCUUUUAUAUGCACAAGGAGAUAUUUGGUGAGUUACUAGAAACAGAAAAGAAUAUGCAGCUGCCUUGCACAGAGGUGGGAAAGCCAGUUCGGCAGCCCAUGUGAAGAAUGUCUCUUUAACUUAACACAAUAUUCUGAACUUUUGCCUGACAUGCAGGAGCCACAAACCCCGAGAACUCAGGGCGCAUAGUUGAGACAACCUUUUGGAAUAGGAGGAAUGGACCUUUCUGCAUCUUCCUUUUGAACUUUAACCAUGCAUUCUUUUAUCUACAGUUUCCUUUUUCUAAAAAAAUAUUCAAGAAAUAAUUCUGCCAGACAUGGCAUUAAUCAGGCCAGAGGAUUUAAUAGCUCCUUCAGAAACUUCUCAAAAGAUAGUAUAAGAGACUGCAAGUUCGCCCAUUCGCCUAUCAUAAGGAAGCUGAGAAGAUCCUGCAAAUUGGGAGGCCUUCUAUUCCUUCCCCACAAAAGAGCAAGAUAAGCAAUAGUCUGUAAUCUGGCAAAUACUAUGUUUGUAAAAUUCAUUGGAAAGUGGAGAUAGCUGACUUGGCUAUAAAUGGAAUAUCCUGGCAUUGCUGAAACAGAUGAACUUGGACACCUAUGUUCUUUAUUGCAGAAUCAUAACGAUCCAGGAAACAAACUAUUGGUGCUCUGGAACCUAUUGCAUACAUCUUCACACAGUUCGUUUUCGUUCUUGUUUAAAAAUUAUAUAUAUGUAUAUUUUAACUAUAAAUUUUUUUUAUUCUUUUUGACUGCAUUCUUUUCCAAAUACUGCCGUUUGCAAAACGGUUUUAUUUCUCUGUGAGUGUGUGUGCGUGUAUUACCUGUAUCAAUCUGUAUAUACAUUUGCUGUGUUUCACAGAAGACUGUCCCAGUUUGGCUGUGACAAAAGCAGCUAACUGGAAGUGCAAGUCCUAGCUUUUGGCAGGCCUUUUUCAACCAGUGCCUAGCCAAUACUAAUCAGUAAAUGAAGCCCAAACAAAGAGUUAUUUUCUGUGUUCCUUGUGUUUGCAUCAGCCUUCAGCCCUGAAAAACUGCACGUGCUUGAAAUGUGUGUGUGUCUUUUCCAACUUCACUACUUUGGGUAAGAGUUGUGUGCUGACAGAUGAAACAUUAAAAUAUACUUGGCUUUA